UACAAGAAAAGCGAAUUCAUACGCGUCUGAAAGAGCAAAACAAAAACGAAAAAACGAGAAACAAAAAACAAGAAAAAGAAACAGGGUCUCUCCCCUCCUCCAUUCUCGGAUAUUUUCCUGGAAAAAAAAUCGAAACUUUCCAGGAAAAUAGACCCGGGAAAGAUGAAGUUCGGGCGAGAUUUUGAGGUUCAGAUGAUCCAGGAAUGGCGCGAAGCCUACGUCGAUUAUCGCGCCCUCAAACUCAUGCUCAAACAGAUCCUCCGCUUCCGGCAACAACUCCCUGCUUUUCAUCAACAUCACCCUCCUCAUCCUCCUCCUCCAGCUCCUCCGUCCUCCGCUCCCGGCGCCGGAAACAACCACGAUGAAGCCGGAGGAGGCGCCGCCGUCAGCAGAGGGUUUACGAGGAGGAUCUCUCUCUACCGCGCAUUCAGCGGCCUUACCAACCGUGCCAAAGGGUCACCGAGGAAAAGAGACAAGCACAAUAACCACCACCAUUUUCAUUUCUUCGAUGAAGAAGAAGAGCAAGCGAUUCUGAUAAGCCAGGACGAGACGGCAAGCUAUACGACGACGUUUCUGAGCUCGGCGGAGGAAGGCGGAGAGCUGGAGGUGAUGUUUUUCCGGCGACUCGACGAAGAGUUCAACAAAGUCGUGAGAUUUUACAAGCAGAAAAUUGAGGAAGUUAUGGAGGAAGCCGACGAGCUUAGCCGACAAUUGAAUGUUCUGAUUGCUCUGAGAAUCAAAGUGGAGAAUCCAAUCGCGGAUCUUCCCGAAAUUAUUGGCUUUUACUCUCCCCCUGUUUCUCCAGAACAUCACAGCUCUGGGGUUCCAGCGGUUUCACCAAUGGAGACUAUUCAAGAGGUUGAACAAGAGAACUCGGUCCAUGGCAAUCGAAACAAGGCCUUCAUACCGGCUCCAUUAGAAGUGUUGGAUCGUGUAAAGAUCAAAAUCGAACCAGAAACUCCAUUGACGACGCUUAAAUGCAUGAUUUCGAGCCUCAAGCCCGAUCAAACCUUCAGCAAAUCCGAGCUGAAACGAGCCGAGGAGCUUAUGUCCCGAGCCUUUGUCGAGUUUUACCAGAAGCUGAGGUUUCUGAAGAGUUACUGCUUCUUGAAUCAGAUGGCAUUCUCAAAGAUACUGAAGAAGUAUGACAAGAUUACUUCCAGAAAUGCAUCGAAGCCUUAUUUACAUACGGUCGAUAACUCGUAUCUGGGCACCUCCGAAGAGGUGUCGAGUCUCAUGUCUCGGGUGGAAGCUACGUUUAUUAAGCAUUUCGCCCAUGGAAAUCACCGGGAAGGAAUGCGGAGUCUAAGGCCGAAAGCAAAGAGGGAAAAACACAGAAUCACUUACAUUCUUGGAUUCUUGUCGGGGUGUUCUGUUUCGCUUGCCAUUGCGAUUAUAGUUCUCGUUCAUAUAAGAGAUUUGACGAGCAGCGAGGGUCGGCAUCAAUACAUGGAAAACAUAUUUCCACUCUACAGCUUGUUCGGGUUGGUUGCGCUGCAUUUGCUAAUGUAUGCGGCGGAUGUAUACUUCUGGAGCAAGUGUCGGGUGAAUUAUCGGUUCAUCUUCGGGUUUGAGCAGGGAACUGAACUUGGCUGCAGAGAAGUGCUUCUGAUAGGUUCUGGACUCGCCGUUCUGAUGUUUCUCGGUGUAGUAUCGAAUCUCGACAUGGAAAUGGACCCGAGAACGAAGAGUUUUAGCGUCAUUACCGAACUCGUUCCUUUAGCCCUUCUCGUCAUUUUGACGGUGAUCUUGUUCUGUCCAUUCAAUGUAAUAUAUCGCUCGAGUCGGUAUUUUUUCAUCAGAUGCAUCUUCCAUUGCCUUUUAAGUCCUCUUUACAAGGUUGUUCUACCAGACUUUUUCCUUGCAGAUCAGCUGACGAGCCAGGUCCAAGCUUUCAGAAGCUUACUGUUCUACAUAUGCUACUACGGAUGGGGAGAUUUCAAGAGAAGAUCAAACAAAUGCUAUGAGAGCGAUGUCUACCGCAAAUUUUACAUCAUCGUCGCCGUCAUCCCGUACUGGUUCCGUUUCGCCCAGUGCAUAAGGAGAUUGGUGGAGGAGAAGAACAAGAAUCACGGGCUAAACGCGAUGAAAUAUCUGUCGACGAUAAUAGCGGUGGCGUCGAGGACGGUGUUCCAGUGGAGGAAAGGGACGUAUUGGUUGACGGUAGCGGCCACAACGUCGAGCAUAGCGACUGUUUUCAACACGGUCUGGGACCUCGUCCACGACUGGGGACUCAUGAACCGUAACUCCAAGAACCCCUGGCUACGUGACAAACUCCUCGUUCCCUACAAGAGCAUCUACUUCAUUGCCAUGGUGGUGAACGUGAUGCUGAGACUGGCGUGGAUGCAGACAGUGUUGGGUAUAAGAGAAGCUCCUUUCUUGCACCGAAGGGCCUUGCUCACUGUCGUCGCCAGUCUCGAGAUCCUUCGCCGUGGCAUUUGGAACUUCUUCAGGUUGGAGAACGAGCAUCUGAACAACGUGGGGAAAUACAGGGCCUUCAAGAACGUGCCUUUGCCCUUUCACCGCCAAGAACUCGGUGGAGGAACCAAGAAUGUCUAAAACUUUUUAUUAAAAAAAAAAUAGAUUUUUUAUUUUUUAUUUUAUUUUUUUGAUUCAGAAAGUGGAUUAAGGGGUGAAUAAGUAUCAUAACAGGACUAUUAUAUGGUCUUGGUUUGUUGCUCUUACAGUAUUAUCACAUUUGAUUCUAUGA